AUGACUGACAUGAUCCAUCCCCUCCGGAUCGCCAUCAUCGGAGGCGGCCCUGGCGGUCUCGGUGCAGCAAUUGCGCUCUCUGCCCUACCCAACGUUGAGCUUGCUUUGUACGAGCAGGCCCGAGAGCUGCGCGAAAUCGGCGCCGGCAUCCGCAUUGGAUAUAAUUGCUGGCGAGUGCUGGAGCUGCUUGGGGCAGACGCAGAUGUGAAGGGACAUCGGAAGACUGAGGUCUUGCAUCGAAAUGGCCUGACUGGCAAUGUCCUGCUCAGAACAGGACCCUCUUCGCUGCCACUCGAGUACCACCCGCAACGCGUUCGAAGGACCCGUCUUCAGUCUGCUCUGCGCAAGCAGGUCCCUCCAGGCAUUAUCCAUCUGAGCAAGCGGCUCACGUCGCUAGAGAAUCUUCCAGACGGAGGCGUUCGUCUUUUCUUUGCCGAUGGGACAGAAGCAACGGCCGAUAUGGUCGUGGGAGCAGAUGGCAUUCGAUCGGAACCACUAUCUGGCGUGUCCUCAUCCGCAGAGCCCUUGUUGCGCACCUCCCCGACAUCUCCAAAUCCACCUCCUGGUGGCAUGGCCCUGCCGGCCAUGCGUACUUCUCCCCCGUCGACGACCCGUCAGAGAUCGCUCCAGAGGACCAACUGUUCGAGAUUUCGCUGGGGGAUUCCCGCGACGAAGGAGAGGGUCGAGGCGCAUUUCACGGACUACGAUCCCCGAGUCCGGGAGACCCUGUCCAAAGUCCCUGAAGGCGACUGGAAGGAAUUUGCCGCCUUCGCAGGACCCAGGCUGGAGACGCUGACGGCGUGGGACAGGCUCGUGCUGAUCGGGGAUGCCAGCCAUCCGCUGACCGGUGCAUUUGGUUCUGGGGCAGCGUUUGCCCUGGAAGAUGGAUGGAUCCUGGCCCGGGCCCUCGAGCAUACAAUUUAUAGCACUCGCUCUCGACAGCAAGCCCUUCGCGAGGCACUGGCUAUAUUUGACUCGAUCAGGUCGCCAUAUUACCUCCGAAUGUACCAACACCUGGACAACCAGAAGCAAAAGCAGCUAGCCGCCAAGGCCACGGCCAAGAGCUUCGAAGACGUCUUGCACGCCCGGGUGGCAUCCUUUAGCGAGGGCAGUGAACUCAGCUGGAUCUACGAGAACGACAUCGAGGACGUCUGGAAGAACUGGCUGGCGGAAAAUGUGAAGAGCGGUAGGAGGCGGAGGGACGAAGGGGGUAUCAGUCCUAACUUGUAG